AUUUACUUGUGAUAUAAAUUGGGGGAAAAAUCUCCGAGAAGCUGAAGAUGGCGACUUUGAAUUUGGAAUCGUCGUCCUCUUCCACACCAGUUGCCGCCCCUUUGGGAAUUGCUCGUUUCCAGCACACUCCUUAUUACUGUGAAGAGAAUAUAUACUUGCUUUGUAAGAAGCUGAGUGAAGAUGGGACGGCUAAACCCGAUGGUUCAGACCUGUUCAUAGUUUUCAUUUCCAAUGAAAAGAAUCAGAUUCCGUUAUGGCACCAGAGGGCGAGCCACAGAGCAGAUGGGGUGAUUCUGUGGGAUUAUCAUGUUAUCUGUGUACAAAGAAGGAAGGAAACCAGCUUGCCUGAUCUGGUGUGGGAUUUAGAUUCUAAUCUUCCUAUUCCAUCUCCACUACCCACGUAUGUAGCAGAAACUAUUCGGCCUUCAUUUCAGCUGUUUUCUGAGUUCCAGAGGGUUUUCCGGAUUGUACAUGCUCCGAUCUUCUUGAAGUCAUUCGCAUCAGACAGACGCCACAUGAAAGAUCCUUCUGGAAACUGGACUGCCACGCCGCCUUCAUAUGAUGUUAUCACUGCUGAAGAUGGAACGGCCCACAACUUGAACGAGUACAUGGCAAUGUCCUCUCUUAAUGUCGUAAAGAGCAUAGGAGCUGAUGCAGUCGACACAGCUUUGACCCAAAAACUUGGAGUGCUAGUUGGGGAGAGUAAACUUGAGGAAUUUUUUUCUCAGAUUCCAUUGUAGUUGGUGAAAUCAUUUUAGACUGUGUGAAGUAGAUUGUUGUGUAACUUGUAUGGGGUCAAUACCUAAUGGAGAGGUGAAAUUCGACACACUGUUGGAUGACUGUAGCAACAACAAGCAAAUGUUUCUAUAUUAAGUUUGUAUGAAAAAUUGAAAAUUGCUGUA